AUGCGCGCUCCCUUCGCCCUCACCUCCAUACUCUUUGGAUGUGCAGUCCAAGGUUGUGAUCGGCUGCUUGGAUUCAAGGCCGAACCGGAGACGGAGACGCGAUCUCUGGAAGAGCUGCACCAAGCCGCGCUGGCAGAGGGAGGAGUUGUGACAGUCUGGCACGGCGGUGAUGAGAAAACACAGCAGGACGCGACCAAGGCAGCGUUUGAGGCGCGCUUCCCAGGAAUGACGCUCAACAUGACGGUCGACGUGUCCAAGUAUCACGAUUCGCGCCUGGACGAGGAGCUGGCCAAGGGGGGCCCCGUGACGCCCGACAGCAUCAUCCUGCAGACCCUGCACGACUACCCGCGCUGGGCCCAGCAGGGGGCGCUCCUCAACUACAAACCGCAGGGCUUCGACGGCAUCCCCGCAGAGGCCAAGGACUCGGCCACGGGAGCUUGGCACGGCGUGUUUUACAUCUCCUGGCGGAUCGUGGCGAACCCGGCAAAGACGAACGGGCUGGCGGUCGAGGAGUUUGACGACUUUUUGAAGCCCGAGCUCAAGGGCAAGAUUGUCUUGACGUACCCCAACGACGACGAUGCCGUGCUCUGGGCCUUUCAUCUCAUAAUGCAGCAAAAAGGCAUCGCCUGGUUCGACGCCCUGCUCGCCCAGAAGCCCCGAUGGGUCCGCGGCACCGCGACGCCGUCGACCAUCGCCGCCUCGCCCGACCACGCGCAGGCCGUCAGCUUCACCACGUCCGGCGGCCGGCCGGCCCUCGCCUCGACGUACCCGACGCGGACCAACUUUGUCGCGUGGCCCCAGACGGCCGGGAUCCUCCGGGACGCGCGGCACCCCGAGGGCGCCAGGCUGUUCCACAACUGGCUCCUGAGCAGGGAGAGGCAGGAGACGCAGGACUGGCCGCUCAGGACCGACGUGGCGCCGCUGCCCAACGGUUUUCCGCUCGACCGCGACAUUGCCAAGGUCGCCAACACCAACGCCGCUGCGUUCCUGCCGUGGAUGAGGGACAGGGUGAGCGUCGAGAGGCUGAAGCUGUGGUUUGAGACCAAGAUUGGCACCCCUCAGGGCCUGAGCCCGCUGGAGGAUGAUCUGUAG